AGAGAGAGAUACAGGGAGACAGAGGUAUAUGUAAAGAGAGAGAGAGAGAGAGAGAGAGAGAGAGAGCUGAAACAGGGCGCUAAUUAGUUGUAAUUAGUUUUGGGGUUUUUUUAGAGAGAGAUGAUGUCAGCGCGCGCGCUGCUCGUGCUGCUCUCGUGCUCCGUGUGUUGGGUCUCGGGCUGCCUGCUGCCCACUGAGUGGAGGCCGCUGAGCGAGGGCUGCCGCGCGGAGCUCGCGCACAUCAUCCUGUACGCCAGAGUGCUCGCUCUGCACGCGGAGCCGCACGCGCAGCACGGCCUCCUGUACGCGGCGGAGGUGGAGGUGCUGUGUGACCAGGCGUGGGGCAGCAUGCUGGAGGUCCCCGCGGGGUCCCGACUCAACGUGUCCGGCCUCGGAUACCUGCACUGCCAGUCCCACUCAGUGAUGGAGAACAACUCCUACAUCUUCUUCCUCAGGAUGGAUGAAGACUACAGCAUCCUUCCUCAUGCCAUCAACUACCAGGACGCCAUCUUUCCAGACACCCCGGAGAACCGCCGCAUUUUCUCCAGCCUCUUCCAGUUCUCCAACUGCUCCAGCGGACACACGCUCCACAGCUUCAGCCCCGAGUGGGAGUACCAGGAGGACAGCAGGUUGCUGUGCUCGUCUGUGCAGCAGGUGCUGUUUGAGGAGGAGGAGCGCGUGGGCAGGCUGGAGGAACGCGUGGCGGAGCUGCAGCAGAAGAACGAGCAGCUGAAGUCUCGCGUGGGGAAGCUGAAGCGCGCGCUGAGGAAAGCCCGCAGAAGCAGCCGCCGAAAGCAGCGCGAGCGCCUCGAGCCCCAGCAGCGCCUCGGCAGCUCACACUCAACCUCACCUCAUCACUUCAACCACAUCGCUCCUCCACACAAACCCUCGCGCCCCACACACGGGCUCUGAGAGCAUGCGCGAGACUCGGACUCCUGCAGACUGCUGGGCAGUCUCUUACUCCACUUGCUUUACUUGACCACCUUGUGUGUCAGGCCCUUACUCAUGCUAGAUGCUAAUAUCAGUGUUGUGAAGAUUCAGUACUCGAAUGCACAUCGACGUUGCAAUGGUUGGAAAAAAAAAGUGCUGUCAAAGAAUUAAAAUAAUUAAUGACAAUUAAGCACAUUAGCUUGCUACAGUUAAUCAUGAAUAACCACAUUAGUUUGUUAUAGUUAUUCACGAUAAACCGUGCCAGCUUGUUGCAGUUAAUCACGAUUAAUUGCAUAAAUUUGUUGCAGUUAAUCAUGAUUAAUCGCAUUAGUUUGUUAUUGU